AUGGAGAGCAACAACCUCACUUCAGUGACUGAGUUCAUCCUCCUUGGCCUCUCCACUCGGCCUGAGCUUCAGAUGUGGUUCUUUGUUCUCUUCUUCAUGAUCUACCUGAUGAUCUUGCUGGGAAACCUGCUCAUUGUAUUGUUGAUAGUGAUGAACACAUUCCUUCAUACUCCCAUGUACUUCUUCCUCUCCAAUUUGUCCAUAAUUGAAGUCUAUUAUACAUCCUGUGUGUUCCCACAGAUGCUUAGGCACUUCUUUGUAGAAAGAAAGUCUAUUUCCUAUUCCUGUUGUGUCACACAGGUCUACUCAUUCCAGUCCUUUGGUGUUGCAGAGUGCUAUAUCCUCUCAGUGAUGGCCUAUGACCGCUAUGUUGCUAUCCGGGACCCCUUAAGGUACACAGUCAUAAUGAACAGGGCUGUGUGUGUGAGGCUUGUGACUGCAUGUUGGAUAGGUGGCUUUUUGGCAUCCGUGGUGGUUACAGUACCUACAUUCCAGCUCUCAUUCUGUAGGGAUAAUGUUAUCGAUCAUUUCUUAUGUGAAAUGCCUGUCCUGUUCCAUCUCUCCUGUACAGACACAUCCCAGGCAGAGCUUGUCUCACAAAUCCUUUCUGUCUUUACACUUUUAUCCCCUGUCAUAUUCAUCACUUUCUCUUAUAUCCACAUCAUCAACAUUGUUCUUAAAAUUCGUUCUGCCCAGGGACGAAGAAAAGCCUUCUCCACUUGCUCUUCUCACCUCCUGGUUGUCAUCCCAUUCUUUGUGACUGUAAUGUCUCAUUACAUGAGGCCCAAGUCCCAAUAUUCCCCAGAGAAAGACAAAAUUAUUACUGUGUUUUAUGUUGCCUUCACACCUACCAUGAAUCCUCUCAUCUACAGCCUGAGAAACAAGGAGAUGAAAAUAGCACUAUUGAAACUCCUAGGGAAAAUGAGAGACAUAUAA